GACACCAGUCCGUUCUCGGCGAAGACGUAGUCGAAUUCUUCAAUCGCGGUCGCACCACCCAUUUGCUCUUCUAUUUUGCAAAGGUCCGAACCACCAACCAGGGCAACAGCAACAUCGCUCAUAACAUCACGUAGGAAGUCAAACAUUUCUCGCGUGAUCAACUGCCGGCUUUUCGUAAGCGUCCCAUCCACGUCGAAAAGGAGAAUUGUUUCGGGUAUUCUUCCCAUUAUCAAGCUUCAAAACGAGCGAGCAUACAACGAUACAACCUUUACACGAUCAAAGGUUUCUGCAGAGUCGGCAAGAUGCGUUGGCAUGCACACACAGGGUACACGGUUCAGACACGACGCACUCCCGCAACCUGGCUUGUUUUCUGGAUUAUGGUUGGAUCUUACCGUGGUCGUGACGUGGGUCGUGAAGCGGAUAAGUAGUUUUCGGCGAGCAACAUUGCUCGGUACAGAUCAGAAUGGCUGACAUUGACGCAUUGACAGUUCUCGAAGAUCGCAUUUCUCAACUAGAACACCAAAUAACUGGAAAUGAUUCGACUAAGGAACUUCCUAGUAAAUCAACUAUCACGGAAGCCCUCCUCGGAAUAAGUUCGAAACUACAAGCUGUGCUUGCAUUACGUGAAAAACUUGACAUGCUGAAAAGAGUCGAUGAGAUCGAGAAAUAUCUAGAAGCUGAAUUUCAAGCCAAGGCCGAUCUUACUGAAGGUGCUAAACUAAAUGUUGUCCUAGCAGAGGAGGACAGAAUCCGGUCUACCAUCGCAGCUCUUCAAAAGAUAGAAGAUCUCAAGCCUGUCCUGGACAGUGAACACAUUAAAAAUACCCCAAGCUACUCAGGCGAAAUAAUGCGGCUUGCUACGAUUCAGAUUGAACAACAGGAAGAGGUCGACAAGCAGUCAGAGAAAGUUCGAGACUUGAUGUCCACUUACAAUGACCUCGUGAACACAAUUUCCCGGCUGUUCUUGUUCUGGGACCGCAAGCUGAACCGAGCACUUGAAGAACAGGAGAAAACAAAAAAGGCCAUGCUGUACGACUGACCAUCUUUUACAUUAUUUAUUGACUUACAUCCUCGUUCUGGAUGUGCACAUGUUGGACAUGACUGUAAUAAAAUGUUGCAUUCCUACAGAA